UGGAGUCUGUACUAUUUUCCAGGAGGGUUAUUGAGUAGAGACACGAAUGCUCUUGAAGUCUCUCUAAAAAGAAAGAGUUCUUAUUAAUGGGAGGAAGAGAAGCCUGGUAGGAGACGAUUAUCUGGAGUGGUUAUGGGGCGCAGCCUGUUUUUGUUUUUUGUGGGGAGAGGGGGAUAGAAUUCAACGACAUAAGAAAGAACUUUGCAGCAAUCAGAUUUGUACCUUUUGGGGUCCUGUAAAAGCUGGAAAACUCUUUAGUCUGGAAGAGGAAGAUGGACAGAGAAGCAGAUUCCAGAAUUCACGUCCUGUCCAACCCACAAAUGGAAGAGCCCGUUCAUGGUUUGAACAUUCCAUCACUGGGCCUCCCGGGGCCUCCUCGGCGAGUCGGCAGAGGGAGCCAUUCCCCAAUAAAUCGCCGCGCGAGGCCUCGGAGGACCUGGGGGGAUUUUCCUGCGCGUCCCGGGAGUUUUCUCUCCGCCCCGCCUUGAUAAAGCAGACUAUCCCACCCUCCACCCCCUGCCUUCACCUCCCCGCCCCACCUUUCCAUGUACUUUGCUGCCGCAUCACAUUCUCUGGCACGGCUUAAUCCCCAUCCUUUCUGGAUCCCACCUUUGCGCUUUCUCCCCUGACACCACUGAGGACCCGCCGUCCGCUCCAGUUGGCCGCUCGGGCGCGGCCACCAUCCCACAAAUCCUUACAGAGGGUCUAGAACACCUCCCAGGGACUUUGACGAGGGACUCGCAUCCAACGUGGGUUGGGAAUCAGGCGGGCACCCACUCUGACACCCCUUCGGUCACCUCCUGCGGUGACCCCAACAUUUGCUAACUUCGCGACCAGGCCUUUGGCCGGGUCACCCACCAGGCGGUGGAAGCCGCUCAGGCAGGAGCGACUCACGAUCGAGGUGCAGGAGUCGGGCCGGGAAGAUCCUGCGUGUUGCGCUAGGGACAGAGCGCGGCGCCAAGCGACAACCCCCCAGCGGCCACUGUCCCGGCAGCAGCAGCUGCAGCAGCGGCAACUGCUCGAAUCCCGGCCCCGGCUCGGGUUACCCCCCCCCCCCCCCCCCCCGCCGCCCCCCCAGCAUCUCGGGCCGGACAGAGAAAACCUUGUUCAAGUUUGCAGCAAGUACUUUCCCCGUGCGCAAAACUGGGGGACUGGGAACGCGCUGAGACGUUCCUCUUUCCCGCGUCUCCACCUUUACGCCUGAAAGAAGACUCCCAAAGAUCGCUUUCUUCUGGGACACUGCUUGGACGCUAACCGCGCUGAUUGGAACAGAUUUUGUGUCUUGGCUGGCUUUGGGUGAAGACCGGGGAGAAAAGGCUGCGCUGCGAUUCUCAAGAUCUCUGGACUUGGGUUGUUCUGCAGAAAAAAAAUGGUUAUUUCUUUGAACUCAUGCCUGAGCUUUAUUUGUUUAUUAUUAUGCCAGUGGAUUGGGCCAGCAUCACCUCUGAAUCUCGAAGACCCUAAUGUGUGUAGCCACUGGGAAAGCUACUCAGUGACUGUGCAAGAGUCAUACCCACAUCCCUUUGAUCAAAUUUACUACACGAGCUGCACUGACAUUCUAAACUGGUUUAAAUGCACGCGGCACAGAGUCAGUUAUCGGACAGCCUAUCGACAUGGGGAGAAGACUAUGUAUAGGCGCAAGUCUCAAUGUUGUCCUGGAUUUUAUGAAAGCGGGGAAAUGUGUGUCCCCCACUGUGCUGAUAAAUGUGUCCACGGUCGCUGUAUUGCUCCAAACACCUGUCAGUGUGAGCCUGGCUGGGGAGGGACCAACUGCUCCAGUGCCUGUGAUGGUGAUCACUGGGGUCCCCACUGCACCAGCCGGUGCCAGUGCAAAAAUGGGGCUCUGUGCAACCCCAUCACCGGGGCUUGCCACUGUGCUGCGGGCUUCCGGGGCUGGCGCUGUGAGGACCGCUGUGAGCAGGGCACUUAUGGUAACGACUGUCAUCAGAGAUGCCAGUGCCAGAAUGGAGCCACCUGCGACCACGUAACGGGGGAAUGCCGCUGCCCACCAGGAUACACCGGAGCCUUCUGUGAGGAUCUUUGUCCUCCUGGUAAACAUGGUCCACAGUGUGAGCAGAGAUGCCCUUGUCAAAAUGGAGGAGUGUGUCAUCACGUCACUGGAGAAUGCUCUUGCCCUUCUGGCUGGAUGGGCACAGUAUGUGGUCAGCCUUGCCCCGAGGGUCGCUUUGGAAAGAACUGUUCCCAAGAAUGCCAGUGCCAUAAUGGAGGGACGUGUGAUGCUGCCACAGGCCAAUGUCAUUGCAGUCCAGGAUACACAGGGGAACGGUGCCAGGAUGAGUGUCCUGUUGGGACCUAUGGCGUUCUCUGUGCUGAGACCUGCCAGUGUGUCAAUGGAGGGAAGUGUUACCAUGUGAGCGGCGCAUGCCUCUGCGAAGCAGGCUUUGCUGGCGAGCGCUGCGAAGCACGCCUGUGUCCUGAGGGGCUCUACGGCAUCAAAUGUGACAAACAGUGCCCCUGCCACUUGGACAACACUCAUAGCUGUCAUCCCAUGUCUGGAGAGUGUGCCUGCAAGCCGGGCUGGUCAGGACUCUACUGUAAUGAGACAUGUUCUCCUGGAUUCUACGGGGAAGCUUGCCAGCAGAUCUGCAGCUGCCAAAAUGGGGCAGACUGUGACAGUGUGACUGGAAAGUGCACCUGUGCCCCAGGAUUCAAAGGAAUUGACUGCUCUACCCCAUGCCGUCUGGGAACCUAUGGGAUAAACUGUUCCUCUCGCUGUGGCUGUAAAAAUGAUGCAGUCUGCUCUCCUGUGGACGGGUCUUGUACUUGCAAGGCAGGCUGGCACGGGGUGGACUGCUCCAUCAGAUGUCCCAGUGGCACAUGGGGCUUUGGCUGUAACUUAACAUGCCAGUGCCUCAACGGGGGAGCCUGCAACACCCUGGACGGGACCUGCACAUGUGCUCCUGGAUGGCGCGGGGAGAAAUGCGAACUUCCCUGCCAGGAUGGCACGUACGGGCUGAACUGUGCUGAGCGCUGUGACUGCAGCCACGCAGAUGGCUGCCACCCUACCACGGGCCAUUGCCGCUGCCUCCCUGGAUGGUCAGGUGUCCACUGUGACAGCGUGUGUGCUGAGGGACGCUGGGGCCCCAACUGCUCCCUGCCCUGCUACUGUAAAAAUGGGGCUUCGUGCUCCCCUGACGAUGGCAUCUGCGAGUGUGCACCAGGCUUCCGUGGCACCACUUGUCAGAGGAUCUGCUCCCCUGGUUUUUAUGGGCAUCGCUGCAGCCAGACGUGCCCACAGUGUGUUCAUAGCAGCGGGCCCUGCCACCACAUCACCGGCCUGUGUGACUGCUUGCCUGGCUUCACAGGUGCCCUCUGCAACGAAGUGUGUCCCAGUGGCAGAUUUGGGAAAAACUGUGCAGGCAUUUGUACCUGCACCAACAACGGAACCUGUAACCCCAUUGACAGAUCUUGUCAGUGUUAUCCUGGUUGGAUCGGCAGUGACUGCUCUCAACCAUGUCCACCUGCCCACUGGGGCCCAAACUGCAUCCACACCUGCAACUGCCACAAUGGAGCUUUCUGCAGCGCCUACGAUGGGGAAUGUAAAUGCACUCCUGGCUGGACAGGGCUCUACUGCACUCAGAGAUGUCCUCUAGGGUUUUAUGGAAAAGACUGUGCACUGAUAUGCCAAUGUCAAAACGGAGCUGACUGCGACCACAUCUCCGGGCAGUGUACUUGCCGCACUGGAUUUAUGGGACGGCACUGUGAGCAGAAGUGCCCUGCAGGAACAUAUGGUUAUGGCUGUCGCCAGAUAUGUGACUGUCUGAACAACUCCACCUGCGACCACAUCACCGGAACCUGUUACUGCAGCCCCGGAUGGAAGGGAGCGAGAUGUGAUCAAGCUGGUGUUAUCAUAGUUGGAAAUCUGAAUAGCUUAAGCCGAACCAGUACUGCUCUCCCUGCUGAUUCCUACCAGAUCGGGGCCAUUGCGGGCAUCAUCAUUCUUGUCCUAGUUGUUCUCUUCCUACUGGCAUUGUUCAUUAUUUAUAGACACAAGCAGAAGGGAAAGGAAUCAAGCAUGCCAGCAGUUACCUACACCCCUGCUAUGAGGGUCAUCAAUGCAGAUUAUACCAUUUCAGGAACCCUUCCUCACAGCAAUGGUGGAAACGCUAAUAGCCACUACUUUACCAAUCCCAGCUACCACACGCUCACCCAGUGUGCCACAUCCCCUCACGUCAACAACAGGGAUAGGAUGACCGUCACGAAGUCAAAAAACAAUCAACUGUUUGUGAAUCUUAAAAAUGUGAACCCUGGGAAGAGAGGCCCUGUGGGGGACUGCACUGGGACAUUGCCAGCUGACUGGAAACAUGGUGGCUACCUCAACGAGCUUGGUGCUUUUGGACUUGACAGAAGCUACAUGGGAAAAUCCUUAAAAGACCUGGGAAAGAAUUCUGAAUAUAAUUCAAGUAACUGCUCCCUAAGCAGUUCUGAGAACCCAUAUGCCACUAUUAAAGACCCACCUGUACUUAUCCCUAAAAGCUCAGAGUGUGGUUAUGUGGAGAUGAAAUCGCCGGCACGAAGAGAUUCCCCAUAUGCAGAGAUCAACAACUCAACUUCAGCCAACAAGAAUGUCUAUGAAGUUGAACCUACAGUGAGUGUUGUCCAAGGAGUAUUCAGCAAUAAUGGGCAUCUCACCCAGGAUCCAUAUGACCUCCCAAAGAACAGUCACAUCCCUUGUCAUUAUGACCUGCUGCCAGUCCGAGACAGUUCAUCUUCCCCCAAGCAAGAGGACAGUGGCGGUAGCAGCAACAGCAGCAGCAGCAGCAGUGAAUGACACCAAAGGACUGCUGGGUAGCCACUGGAAACCUUUCCAGAACUGCUGUUUGGUUCUUCUCCAUCCUCAAUUUUGCCACUUUCAUGUGAAUGUUAAUCAACUCGGUAGGCAAUUGUUGGACAUGAACCAGAAAGCUGAAAGCUGAGGCUGCAAUUGUUGGAUAUGAACUGGAAAGCUCAAAGCUGAGGCUGACACUGACUAUAGGUGCUUUUUGUUCAGGUGGAUUUGAAGGAGUUAGAGAUGUGAUUUGCCAUUGCUGUUAGUUUUUGAACUAUAACCGUGAAGCAUGACUUAUUGUAAGAUGUUUGCUGAAAGCAUGAACUUGCAGAACUCCCUCGGAGACGCAGGUUGCAGUGGACAUUGGCGUUGUUGCUUGAACAAUUAAACUUUGAAUAUUUUCUUUCUCAUUUGCAUUAUACAGCUGUACCUAGGAUUGUACAGUUUACCAUCAAAUUUACUUCAUGAAAGUGGGAAUCACUGAACAUGUAGAAGAAAAGGUACAUAUUGUUAAGUCCUUAUUCUUAACUUUAUUCAACCGGACUCAGAAUUGUAGGGAUCAUAUGAAUGCAGGAGGAAACAUUCUGUCAGGUGGUAUAACUGGAUAGACUUUGAAUAUACUCUAAAAGUGGACAGAAAAUUUAAAUAUGAAAAUCUUAGGUUUUGUUUAGAAUGAGAAAACAUACAAUUAGAAUUAUUUUAGAAAUAGUAGGAAGUAUUGCAGAAGUCAAUACACAAAUAUGCCAGGCAGAGGUGGUUUUCUCUCUGACCCUCAACCAGCUUCAGAUCUAUGACAUUAUUCUGAUCACUGGUUCCAUCAUACAUAUUCACCACUUGAGAUUCAUAACAUAUCAAUAGUUAUUUCAUAAAUAUAGAAAUGAAAUAAUUUUAUUUUUGACAAACUGGAUGGAAUGAGUGUGUAAUGAUUGAUAAAGGUUGUAAAUUUUAAGUGCAAGAUGAUGCCUACGUUUUGUAAACCAUUAGUAAUACGUGCUGUAAUAUAGAAUUAGCGGAACAUUUUGGUUAAUCUUUCCCUAGAAGUGACUGAAAUAUUUUUGUGCAUAUUUGAGAAAGGGCACUUUCCUUUUAUUAAUUGUCAAUUUAGAGAAACUAUGCUUAAGCUGGUCUUUUGCAUUGCUAAUGUGACAUGUACCCCACUUUUCAUUAAUUUGUAUUUCCAUUUUUAAGUUGCAUAUUCUAUGUUUUGUAGUGUUUGGAUUGUUAAUGAAAAAUUAUUAUAUUAUAUGUUCAUUGUUCCUUGUAUUAUUGCCGCUUAUCUUUUGCUUGAUAAAAAUGCAUUGUUCUUUUUUCUUUUGGAGGCACAAGAUGAAAAUAUAUAAUUUGAAUUGAUUAAAAUUGGCCAUUACUAAAAUAGGUAACCACAGGUGAUUGGCUUAUGAUUGAAAGAGAGAUGCUUUUCAAUAUUCCAAAAUAGAGUUCCUUUGGAUCUGUUGGUUCUGAGCCUUGGUUAAACCAGGGAGAAGGGGAGCAGAAAGGAAACGUUACUGCAUGAGUACCACAGACUCAUCUUACAAAAAACUCUCAUUAUGGUGAUCAUAGAAUUGACCAUCCAAACUGGGACACUCUUGAGAGUAAAUGGAGGGCAUUGUUAGUAAUUAUCUUGUAAUGAGCUUAAAUCUGGACUGUUCCAGGCAAACCAGACUUAUCUUGCAAUAUGAGAAUGCUGACAUGAUGCAAGAAAGCCAGUUUCCCUUCCAUUGAUCUGUUUGACCAAGCAAAGGGGCUGAAAAACUGAAUAAGGAAGCAACUUUAUAAGAGAAACAGUGGUCUUCAAUCUUUUAAAGACAUGAAAUCCUACAUGGCAUUCUGUCUGUCUCAGUGAGUCAGUUAACAAAUAUGUAUGUGCAUCCCUUCUGCUAGUAGUGCACGUAAGUCAUUGUCCCUGCUGGUUAUGGAGUUGGAAUAUCCAGUUAUUUCAUGUCACACAUCGGCACAUAUGAUGGUAGUUUAUCAGAUGGAUAAUACAACAGACUCACUGCAUUGAUGGCUGCUCAUUUUGAGGAACUCCAAAGUCAAUUGAAGGAAAUAAGGAGUGACCUGGAACACACCUUAGAAACAAUUGAUUUAUUCCAAUAGUUAGCCACUGGCUGGCUCCCAACUCUAGGUGAUAGGCAUCUAAUUGAGACACAUGUGAGUCAGGAGCCAUCAGGGGUCCUUAUUGGUAAGAAAAAAUUGGACAUUUUCCCCCUUUUAAAGAUCAUCUCUUCUGAGCUCCAUGGUAAAUUUGAAUUUCCCCAUUAUUCCCUAGAGAUAGGUCAAAAAAACAACUGUUUCUUUUCUCAUUCCACUAUUAAUAAAUUAAAAGCUUGCUGUACAAAGGCAGCAGCAACUUAAAAUCUGGGCAAUAGAUGUGAACUCCAAAGGGCCACUGCUAUCCCUUCCUGUGUGCUCUUUUUGACAAGUAAAUCACUCCAGUUAGCUGAUGUCCUGAAAUGACGUUUGUGUUCUGAAUUGAGGCAAUUCUUAUUAGAGCUUACUCAAGACUUUUCAAACAUCAGGACACAUGUAGCAAUUUGGAUGUUUUAAAACUAUGUGUUACAUUUGGAGAGGUCUGGUUGAGAAGGCAAAAUGUUCUAAAUAUUUUGAUACCAAUUUGGGUAAAAGAAAACUUUUGUUAGAAUGAGAAUUAAAGAGAAAACAAAAGAACCUUGGCAAAAUUUUUCCUCUGAAAUUACAAACUUUUGGAACUUUUCCAGAUGUAUCGAAUUUAAUUUUACAGUGAUGUCACUCUUCAUACCAAGUGAGUCUAUUCUCAUGACCUUUGAACCCAUGUUAAUUUUGGACCCUAUAACUAAUUUCCUUUCUAAAUCCCGUGGUGGUCAAAGCAGUAAAGGAGUUUAGAGAUACUUAGCCAAUGCCAGUCAUAUAGUAUUGUUAGCCAAACUAUUAUUCCUUCCUUAGAAGUUGAUGUAUCAGAAAAUUUAUAAAUUAUUUGUGUUUAUAUAUAAGUACAUCAGAACUUGCCCAAAUGAUAACUCAUGUUUGCUUUAAUAAGGAGAAUAUGUUAUUUGAGGUUAAUUAUAUGAUAAUAAGGAACAUUUUAUAAUUAUUUACAGUGUUUGACAUUAAUCGCUGUCCUAUGAUAUAGUAGUAAUGUUAAUAGAGAUUUUAAUAUGUUUAGCAUUAUCUUUAUGGAAUUUAUAUUCACCAAUUUCAGGAAAACCAGCCAUAGAACUUUAUAAUAGGACAGUUGUAACCUGACUGAACCAAAUCCAUCAGCAUAAUGACUGUGUGUUGUGAGAAAUGCAAAAACUUUAUGAAAGUGUGGUCAUCUUGACCCCCACAGAGCCACAGUAGCCGUCAAUUAUUGAGAUUUUUAAAUGGUAAAUAUUGCAAAAGUUAAACAAGGGUAUCAUGAUAUCAUUUAUAAUAAAUGUCAAUAUUGGUAGUCCACUUUAUGCUUAAACAAAAUCAUACAAAAUUAAGUUUUAAGGUUAUAUUUUUUAAAAUAAUGAAUUUUCUAUCUCUGGGCGACAUGUCUUUAUUAUUCAAGCUGAAUGUUUAAGAGAGAUUUUGGUCUUCAAGGCUUCACGUCACGAAAGUGUACAUGCAUAUGCAAGUGUGAAUCACAUGGUAUGGAUGGUUGCUUGUUUAUUAACUAAAGAUGUACAGCAAACUGCCCUUUUAGAGUCCUGUUAAUAUUGAUGUCCUAACACUGGGUCUGCUAGUUCAGUAUUUAGUCUAGGCUUCAUUUUGAUAUGACUGAAUUGCAAUCUAUAUUUUUAAAAAGAAAAAAUCAAAAUGCAUUAGGAUUUACGUGGUUGUGGCAAACAAACAAUGCUUUCGGUGUUGAAAUAUCUCUAUUUUCCAAAGAUGAUAAACUUUCAUCAUUAUUAGUCUACAUUGUCAUUUAUAUCACCAAAUGAGUUUAUAGAUUAAUGCAAUAAACUUUCUAAUAAAAAA